CACUCCUGUCGAGCUGGCCCGCAGCCAGUCUUGCCUGUGUAGUGUCGCGAGGAACGCACAUUCCAGCGCGUUGCGGGAACCCACCGACUGUAGCAACAAGUAGCGGAAAGAACGCGCAAGAGACAACAGGGUGUGAGAGGACGGAAGCAUGUGCUGCAGAGUGGGCAAAUGCUGCUUCUGCAUCGACCUGCGAGUGGGUAUCAUCACCAUCGCCUGUAUCUGGCUGCUUGGAGAUGCCCUCUUGCUAGUGUGGACAUCACAUCUGGCAUACGUCUUGAAUGCAGCUAUGGAGGAGCUGCGAUCGGAGGAUUUCGAGGAUGCAGAUCCUGAGUCCAGCGGCAGAGUUGUGGCUGCCAUGAUCCUAGCAGGUGCCUUCUGGAUGGCGGUCAUAGGUGCUGUUCUCUCCAGUCUGGCUGUUCUCCUCGACAUUAUGUUGCUGGCAGGCGCCAUUAACGCUCGGCGCAAGCUGCUCCACGGCUGGAUGGUGGCCUACGCGGUGCUGUACGGCGUCUCGCUGGUGAUUGGCGGGUUGAGCGUCACAGUAGUGUUCCUCUACAACAGCUCCUACUAUGGCCUCUCCAUCACUGCCGGCAUGCUGCUGCACGUAGGGCUGAUGGUGUACUUCUGGAUUGUGGUGCGCAGCUACUACCUGGAACUGGGCCAACAGUACGGCGAGGGUGGACCACGCACCACAGCUGGCAAGGUCUACCGCACAGUACCCACAGGGGACGUUCUUCCUGCCCACGGGACCUACUGCUAUGCGGAUGGCAUGGCCAUGGCACCUACUGCACCACCACGCUACACUAGUGCUCCGUAGGAACCACUAUGUUACUCUUGUACGGGGAUCACAUCGCUAGGUGACAUGUGCCGAUCACAAGGCUAAGAGACCUAAUGUCUGUACUGUCAUUGUGACAGGCACUUGAAGGGCUGGCCUUCACUGUUUGAUGAUAUGGAGUUAUUACCAUCCAAGAGAAGGCUGUCAAAAGAGCUGCUUUAAAUCUGUCUUCACAGUGGUGUAAUACUUUUUUUUAAAUAUCUUCAAGCACCUUCGAUUCUUUCUUGAUCUUCCUCAUUAGAGUAUUUUAUAUUAUCUUGAGACUACAGGUCCAAAAUGUACAUAGUGAGUAGAACAAUAUUAUUCCACUACAUCAACAUUUAUACUGUGCAAGCUACCAUAUGAUCGCUGAUAGUGGAUAAUUUGUGUACUGCUUUUAUUUCCCCCUUGGCACAACCUGAUUGUUCAAGUGUGGUGAGAACAAAAUAAAGCAGUAAGUAGACAUUUAUUUGAUUUUAUCAUGUCAUUUUAUGAGACUCGUGUGGGAGGAAUCUGUAUCUUGCUUUUGGAAUAUGUUAUUGUUGUUGAUGUUGUUGCUGUUUCUUCAGUCUGAAAUUGUGAAGACUGGUAUAAUGCAACCUACAUCCAUUUUUACCUGCUUCCUCUACAAUUUUUGCCCUCCACACUUCCUUCCAUUACCAUAUUUCUGAUUUCUUGAUCCUUUAGUAUAUGUCCUAUCAACUGACCCUUUUUCUUAGUUAAGUUGCUAAUGUACAUCAUGACAUUUGGGUUGUCACAAAAUGGUUUCAUGGUGACUAAAUGAAGCAAUAACGGAAUGUGCAGCUCUUUUUCAAAUCUCCUCUAUCUGCCCCCUUAAUCUUACUUCUUAAGAGACCACAAGUAACAAGAAACAUUCAAAUAUUUGUCAGAAGGGGGUAUUAUACAAGUUUCCUCUUUGGUAUUCAAAUAACGUACUCUGAGCAUUCUACCAGUGACAGUCAGUCUCAUGAGUGAGUUUUAUAUGUUUUAUAAGGUCUCUCAGGUUUAAAUCACUCUGGGUGCAUCCCAGUAAAUAUUUUAUGGUUGUGACUGUGUUUUCAGUGAUUCAUUGCCAAUGUUGCAAUCUGACAAUAUUGGGUCUUUCCACUUGUUUGUAAUAAGUUACAGUAAUUUAUGUUGGGGAGCACCCAUUAAUCCAAGCACGUAGGUUGUAUUCAGUUCAGUUAUAAAACUGUUCUACUAUUCCACUGGCUAAUAUCGAACACCUACCAGAAGUCAAGGACGCCAGUUUCAACAAAGAUACCAAUACUCUCUGUCAUUUGGAAAUAGUGGCCAAAAAGAGCAAGUCAUAUUUCGUAGGAUCCUUGUUGAUUCAUGUAGAGAAAGAUUUUGAUUGCCAAAAAGGUAUCUAUUCUCAGUUAAUAUGGAUACUGACCUAUGUUUAAGUCAGAUGGAAGGGAUAUAGUGAAGUAUUGGAACAAGGUGAAAUUGCCAUUUCUGAGAUUCUCUGGAAUGUUUGUACAGGGUGUGUGUUCAUGUGUCAAUGAUUUAUGUGUACACAGAGGUGUUACAACCAUGGUCAUCCUUGUCAGGCACUAAAUGAUAACGGUGUAAGUGGGUUCACCAACUGGACGUCCAACAGGUUCCAAGUAUUUCCACUAUCCAAGGUUGUGACCAGGUUACAGAAACAAGUUUCUCAUAUCUGGACUGAUGUUUGUGUCCAGUGGCUUUUAUCUGCUCAGGCAGCAUUUUGUCUCAUACACAAACUCACUCUUCCAGAUUCAUCAUAACUGAGCAAUUUGUGUAAUACUGCACCACAACCAGCAGACAGAGUACCUGUCUUAAAUUUUUAUGUUCCUUUUCAGAUGAUUCAUUGUCCCCAUUUUCUGUGAACUGGCCUCUACAACACAUUUAAUCAUUUCUUCACAUAAAAUGGUGGUGAGGGAACCUCUUUUGACUACAGCCUUCAAACAAUGCUCUCUGCUUAACAACACUGUUAUACCAACAGCAUUUUCGAUGAGCCACAAUAAGGGGCAUAAAGACACUGGAAUUCAUUCUACACUCUAAAAUUCUGAUUUCACUCUAAAUAAAUGCAGACAAAUUUUGCUGCAAUUCCUUAAACAGAUAGUGCCCACAUUAUUUUUCUCAGCAUUGUUCAAUGCAGCUACAGCUCUAUCCUAACAUCUGGCAACAUAUACAUUUACAUCUACAUUUAUACUCUGCAGCCCACUAUGAUGUGCAUGACAGAGGGGGUUUCUCAGUAUUAUUAGUGUCCCUUGAUGCAAUGAGACUAUUUAAAUUAUCUUCCUUCAUUUUAGCUAGUAACUGCAUGCCUGAAAACAUAUUUCUUCCUCCACAAGUUCACACACUUCAGUUUAUAUGUGUAACACAUUUGUUAAAUCUUUGUUGAUGGCUUUAAAUUGCGUAAAGUUCCAGCUGGUUUCUGCUAUGAGAAGCCCUUUACAUGAUAUUCCUAUUGCUGUAAUUUUUUAGCAACAGUCUACAUCUACCAUCCUCAAGCUAUCUUUGAUGUGUGCUUGAGGGUAGUUUGUGUACUACUGUUACUUUCUCCCUUUACUAAUCCAGUCACAAAAAGUUCAUGGGACAAACGAUUGUUGGUAUGCUGCCAUGUGGGCUUGAAUCUCUCUAGUUUUGCCUCCAUGGUCUUUUCAUGAGAUACAUAUAAAAAGAACCAAUAUUUUGGCUGGGUCUUCUAGAAAUGUACACACUCAGUUUUGACAAUAAAGCAGACCAUGGUGCACAACGCCUGUCUUGGAUCAUCUGCCACUGCAGUUAGCUGAGCAUCUCCAUGAUGCUUCUGCACUUACUAAAGCAACCUCUGAUGAAACACACUGCUCUCUGUUGGUUCUCCACAAUUUCAUCUGUUGAAUCCAUCUGGUAAGCAUCCCAGACUUGUGGAUACUUGAAUUUUGUGAAUUACCUCUUUUGUAGCUGGACUAUACUUUGUGAGGAGUCUUCUAAUGAAUCUCAGGAGGAAAGUUUAACAUAUUAAAGGACUUGUUUUAUUUUAGUGUAGUAAUAAUAAUAAUAAUAAUAAUAAUAAUAAUAAUAAUCACGUUUGAAAUUACUCAUGCACAGUGUAUGUUCCUCACUACAAUGUUCACACGGAUGGUACUGAGGAAUACUGUGUACUUCAUUAUAGAAAUGAUGACAAUGUAUAGGUGAAUGAAAGGAACCGUUAAGAGAAACAUUCAUAAACAUGAAUUACUGAACUGACAUUACACAAUAUGUUAAUACCUUUCUGAUGUGUUGUAUAACCUUUAAGAAAAUUUUUCUAAUAAUAUUCAUUCAGCUCCAUUUUGUUCAGAAUUUGUUUUUAUACAUAAUCGUGACAUACCUUUUCCUGUCUAAAGUACAAAAAACAACUGAAGAAACCAUAGGUUGUGUUGUCAGUACUUACACACCUUACAAUCAUCUGGUUUGCUGCAAGCACUUAUAUUUCUGGGAGCCAUGGACUAAAACUUUUUUGUUUGGUGAAUAAUGUACAUUGUUGAUGUACCAUUACAAAAUAUCAGUUUUAAACUGAGGAAGGUGCUGUGAUUAAUAAUUGUAAAGAUGACAGUAUUUUAUUAAUAAAAGUUAAUGAUAAAUUACG